AUGGAUCCAAAAACGCCAAGACUUAAUGGCAGAGCAACACGUUCGUCUCUUGCGUGUCUAGAUUGUCGCUCGCGGCACUUGAAAUGCGACGGGAAGCGACCGUGCUGCAGUCGCUGUACUGAAGUGGGCAAGCAGUGCCAGUAUGCUCCAUCGCGCCGUGGUGGGCUAGAUCGUGCCGCCCUCGCAGAGCGGCGCAAACGAAUAGCCGCUGCAGCCAAUACUACGGAGAUCGAAGAAUUUAGUCCGCAGUACCCGAUAGAUCUUCAGCUAGCCCAAGGAGUAGGAUUGUCUCAAUUCCCUGAGGCGGGCACGUCCAAUGGCCAUCGUCUGCUCGACGGGUUCAGGACUGGGGAUGCAACAUCCGGCACAUCGUCGCCACUGGCCACUCAGGUUUCGCCUUGCAGUCUUUCGAAUGAUGUCCUGAUCAAUUCCUAUUUCAGGAAUUUCCAUACAUUCCACCCAUUCCUGCCUCCACAAAACCACCUGAUGAGACUAUAUCAGGACCAGAGCAAGCAAGAUACUCUUAUGCCGCUGAUAGCUAUUAUUCGCCUGGUUGGGUAUAUCUAUAGUGCGCGACGAUGGUCAGACUUGCUGAAGGACUAUGCCGAGUCCUGCUUCUCUCAAGUAUCAUCAACGGACCCAAUCAUGGUCCAGUGUCGCCUUCUAUAUUCAGUUGCUCUAUUUUGGUAUGACUACAAAGCCGAAGCCAGGAGGCAAAUGGACCAGGCGACUCGCUUAGCCAUUGACUUGCAGAUGAAUUGCCAAGAAUUCUCCACGACCCAAGGAGCCGAAGACCUCAUCUUACAAGAGUGCUGGAGGAGAACAUGGUGGACCCUGUACAUUCUGGAUGCUUACUAUGCGGGAACUCAAGGAACCACGAAUUUUCAGGUGGUAGAUAUAGAAUCUACCGUGGGCUUGCCUUGCGAAGAGAAAGAAUACGAGUCAGGCGAUAUUCCAGAGCCAAAAACCAUACAAGAUUGGGAAAAUCGGGAAUUCGCUCCGGAUAAUUUUGAGUUUUCAUCCUUUGCAUAUCUCAUUGGCGCUGUAAGAUGUACAGCAUUCGCAGUAUCCAUGGCCCCAAAGAUUGCGAUGAAGGAAGACUCGAUGCUUGUAAUUCAAACUGCUGACUCGAUCUUGAACGGGUGGCUGCUUUUAUUGCCGGAAAGCCGCAAGCAAGUCAUGAGCAAAACAGGGGAGGUCAAUGAGCUCCUAUUCCAAGCCAAUUUGCUUAUUCAUGUAACCGCAAUCUGCUUGCACCGACCAUUCUCGAACCUCAGAUUUAACCCCGUGGAGGACGUCUCAAGCUGUGCUCGAGAGCCACCACCAGAUAAUCCUAGAACAGAUCUCAUCAACGUUCACGCUGUGUGCGUUUUACGCUCAGUCGAGGCCCAGAUACGUCUCCUAGCGUUGCCGGCCCGGCAGUUCCACCACACGCCCUUCGUCACUUGCAUGACUAGCGAAGGCACGCUUGCGUUGUUGUCGGCUUGCAACUUCCUGUUGGAAGGGAAGGAUAUGAUGAUCGCCAGAAAUCAGAUCCGAAUGACAAUUGGAUGCCUCAAAGAACUAGGCGAAGUAUGGCCGAGAGCGGCGAGAAAUGUGAGAGAGAUUCAGACAAUCGCCCAUCAUGUUUUGGGAUUGCUAUCCAAAGUACCAAGCGUCAGUGAAAAAUCCAGCAAAGUACCCCUCUUUCCAGAGGCGAAGGUCAGAGACGUAUGA